GACCGGAUAAUCGUGCUUGUCCGAAAAUAGGACUUCGCUUCAGCAGCAUGUUGAUGAUAUUUACACCCUUAUUAUAGUGUUGGUAUUCUCAAAAAGGCAGAAGAAAUGCAGAAGAGAAAACCAGACAAUAACCCAUACAGACAAGGUGACGAAAAACGUUCCAGAGUGCAUGACACACAACAAGGCCAAGUGCAAGGAGGAAGAGGACAAGGUGACCAUUAUGGUCGCAGUGGAAGGUCAGCAGAUGUAUUUUCCUUCCGAACUGCAGACUUCCUUACCCCAGCCCGAACGUCCAAUGCUCAAUAUGAACAGUUUGCGCGGACGUACAACAAUGCAGCAGUAGCUGCCCAGCAGUUGGCUUCACAGCCUGGGCCAGGUUAUUCUCAGUGGCUGGCGCCUGUCAAUCCAGGAGUCGCAUUUAAUUAUGGUCCUGCCACGCAGAGCUACCCUCCAUUCCAGUCUAACGCUCCAGGGACAAGUAAGAGUAGUGGUGCAGGGUAUUCUUUUGGGUCCUCAAGACAAGACAAUGAGAAAAGCGAAUCUCGUGAUGGUAGCAGUUACGGAAAAAGCAGCAGUGGUCGGAAUUAUGGAUAUGCCUACGGCGACUACAAUGAUGAUUACGAAUAUGACAGCAAUGCGAGAUUCAGCAAAGGUCAGCUGGAAGCUGCGGCAAUUAAGGUCAUCAAUGAUUUAGCAGACGACAGAGAGCUUGUCACAACUCAAGCCAUUGAAAAGAAACUUUUGGAACACUUCAAGAAAAAAUCACUCCGCGAUUUAGGAAUACGCCACCUGGAUGAUAUAAAUUACGUCAGCGAGCACAUUCGAACGCAAUACCAAGUCAGCUGUUGUAUUCAAGCCUAUGUGACCGUCUGCAAUGUUGCCACCUAUUGUGAUUUGAAGGAUUGUUUGCGGGAGUUAGUCCCAGACGAUGGCGGAUUUGAAGAUUUGAAUUUGGGUCCCCUGAAAAAGCAACCGUUGGUGUACAAAUACUUCAAAGUUCCGCAAAAGGUUAAGAUUCCGGUUAUCACCGCCCUUGAUGUUUGGACGCAUCUACGGGAUUACGUCACCAAGAAGGAUCUGUGGAAUAGUUUGGUUGACCUUCAGGCUUUCAUGGAGUAUUUACAAAAGGAGUACGAGGUUGAGAAUCCGUAUCACCUUGGGGUGAGGUUGAAAAGCAUGCCAUUGGCCAUGCAGAUGUUGAAAAAAGCUCAACGGGACCAGGGAAAGGCUAUCAAGAACGCAUUCAUACGUUUCAAGGGGGAACUCGCUAAUGAUGUGCUGCAAGCAUUCCAGAAUUACCGGACGAAGAUCUUCCAGCGAAACACGGAGACAGGGUUUGAAAUCAAGGAACAUUACCUGACAGCCAGCGUGCCUGAGGUUACUGGAGGUAUCUUCAACAGAUUGCAGAUCCUGUUCAACGCCGUGCUGCACCAGCAAAAAGCCAAAUGGAAGGAUCUGCGCAAAAUGACCGACAUCAUCACCGCCUUCUCAUCAAAGUUAGCUGAGGAUCGUCUCCUUGCUAGCUUGUUCCAGCUAGCCGUUAGCGUCAGCAGUCACGACUUCCAAGAGAAUCUGGUGAAGGAGAUCUUUCCGUCUGCUCGGGGGUCAGGGACAGCAGACGACGGUGAGGGUGCUGGAGGCGGGGAGAAGGUUGAGAAAAAGACACCACCACCUCUCGACACUCUCCUCUCACAGCUUGAGAAGUAUGUAGAGAGGUGCCUGGCUCAUGGUGCACUGACCUUGGAACAGAUGGGCAAGGUUGAAGAAAAGAUCUGCACAGAUUUUGGAUUCAAUCACUUUGGCCUCAUGGGUUUCGGGAAUUUUCUGCGGUUCUGUACUGGACAACAGGAGGCAUUAGAUAUGUUCGCGGACCUGGGUGCCAACUUCAGUCUGGCUGGCGGUGGCAGUGGUGCGGGUAGCGCCUGGUAUCAUCCUUCCAUCCAUGAUGUGGUUGACCUCAUCCAGCAGUGCAAUGUCAAGGAAAAAUCCAAGACGGACAUUCUCGAGAGUGCCCUGUGCAGCCACUAUCAGGUUGACAACAUCAAGUCUCUUGGCUUUGGCCCGAUUAAAUGCAUCCAGCUGAGUGUGGAGCGUCAACAGAAACAUCAGCAUCGGGACCAGAAUAUCUUCUACGAGAGCGCCAUCUGCUGUAAUGCCAGCUUAGUGCAGCAGGCAGGACAGGCUGAGGAACGUCAAGUUGGCCUGCUCGGGCAUCAGACAAAAGAAAUGGCACUAACAUUACUACAGUCCUGCCCCCUAUUAGAAAACAUGGAAGAAUGGUCACAUUGGUCCCUUGUGUUCCAACCCCAGCUUGGCAGGCUGAAGACCUUUGUACAGAAGCAUGGUGGCAUACAGACAACACACUACACAGGUACAGGUCUGAUCAGCUCCGAUAUUUUGGCAUUUGAAACGGAACCUGGCGUCCUACUCAAGAUCACCGCCAAGACGUCUGUUGACGAUUUCCUAGAGGGGGCCGAGACGGGCGAUGUGAACAAGGUGUGUGGCCACCUGGUGUCACUGAUUGUCAUGAACAAGGGGACGAAGAACACACCCUUGUCGCUGCUUGCGAACAACAUGGUGACGGGUUUGUUUGAAAUCCACAAUGCCGAGACGAAAACCAAGAAAGGAAGUGGCGAUGCCUCCCAGAUCAGCAAGUCAGCCGAAGUCCAGUUUGUCCGCGAUUGUUUACUCAAACUGCCCCUGAGAGUCUGCCAACUCGUAGCGAGCCAGAUCUUCCUCGAGCCGCUUAGCCAGGUGGUCGGGGCAUCGCGGUCGAAGAGCGCUCUCCUGGAGAGCUGUGUCACCAUCAAACAGAGGAGUCGGAUGGAGCUGUUGGGGAUGAUGCUCGGCGUCGGCGAGUGGUCGGAGGCGUUCCAGAAUCGAAUGAAGACGUCACAUGACGAAGUCAUCAAGAUCAGCAAAGCUGAACAGAAAGAACUUGAGGCGUACAUUCCUAAAGGUGAAGAAGAUGAUGAACCUGAGAGCGAUGAAUCCAGUGAUGAGGAGUCUGACCAUGAGAUAGAUGCACACAUCCUGUCCGACAUGGAGCUCGAUGAGGAGGAGACAGGAAGAGAAUCAAGGGAGGGUAAACGAGGGAAGCAGAAACUAGAGAUGGUGGAGGACAAGAGAGAUGGUUUGACAAGCAAAGAGAGGAAAUGUAAAGAAGUUGUGGACUCGAUUAGGAAGCAGGAGUUUGGCAUCGGUAUAAAGCUGAACGAUGAGGCAGCGCAACUUCUCACGAUCCAGCAGGAACGCCUCGGUAGGAGUCUUGACAGAUUGUCCAAAGACCUUUACAGCAAGGACACCCACUUCGUCCUGGAGUUGAUCCAGAAUGCCGAUGACAAUGCAUACCCUGAUGAUUUCUUCCGUCCAAAGAGUAAAACCCUGCCAUCGAUUCAGUUCAUCGUCGACGAAGGAGCCAUCAUUGUUAUGAAUAACGAGUGCGGCUUCGAGGAAAAGAACGUCCGAGCAGUCUGCGAUGUCGGCAAAAGCACCAAAGGAAAGCACAAGUUCGGCUACAUCGGGCAGAAAGGUAUCGGUUUCAAGUCGAUUUUCCGAGUGACUGACCGGCCUGAGAUUCACUCCAAUGGCUACCAUAUCUGCUUUGAUGUCAAGUCCGGCCCGAUGGGUUUUAUCCUGCCUCAUUGGAAUCCAGAAACAGUGAGCGAUAUUAAGUCAUGGACGACGAAGAUUGUACUGCCGUUGAAAGAAAGUAUGAUCGGUGAUGGGUCAUCCCAGGCCCUGGGAAACCGAUUCCACGAUAUUCACCCCUCACUUCUACUCUUCCUUCAUCGACUGCGUAACAUCACGGUCCUUAACAAAGUCGAUGGCACGACGCUUAAAAUGUCCAGGAAAGAUAUCGGGAAGAACGUUAUAGAGAUCAAGCACAAUAAUGGACUUGACCGCUGGCUUGUUAUGAAGAAACUACUGGAUGCAAGCAGGAUAUCCAAAGAGGCCAAAUCUGGAGCAGAAGUUGAGUCAACUGAGAUUGCCCUGGCUUUUCCCCUGGUGCAGGCAAAAGACGAAAGAACCAAGGUCCUGCCGCCCAAGCAACCAGUCUUUGCCUUCCUUCCCCUGAGGAGUUACGGCUUUCGUUUCGUUGUCCAAGGUGACUUUGACGUACCAUCCUCCCGUGAAGAUGUUGACGGUGACAGCUCGUGGAACCAGUGGCUACGUAACGAAAUUCCAACGGCAUUCUUGGACGCCCUUGAUACCUUCAAGGCUCAUCCCGAUUUCAACUUGAUGGAGGCUAUUAUCAACUUCCUACAGUUUAUACCGCUCGAAGAUGAAGUCCUAGAUUUCUUCAAACCGGUUGCCUACCAAAUUAUGCAGAACAUCAAGUCGAAGCCGUGUAUGCCUGUAUAUGUCCAACCGGAACAAACUACUGAGGAAAAAAUGGAAAUGGAUGUCGAGGCUGAUGAUGAGAAGAAAGCGGCCAAGUCAAAGAAGGAUACAGUCCUCCAGUGGAAGCUACCCUCUCAGAUGAUCACCUGCCGUGACCCAUUGGUCAAACAGCUCAUCAGCCCAGUCCUGUUGGAGAAGCAUCUGAGUCUGUUUUACCUCCACGACGAGAUCAUAAAGUGGGCCAACCCAGCCCUGUUAUCGGCGCUGGGGGUGAAGAGGCUCAAGUCCCCACAGAUUCUUGAAGUUGGUAAAGCGUUGGCUAAAGAAUGGGAAGAGAACUUCUCACCUGAGAGCAUCAGGCAGAUAGCGCAAUGGCUAGUGUGCCUCUUCCGAAGCAUGGAUGAGUUUGAUGUGAGCAAGACGGAGUUGCAACUGCUACAGAGUCUCAGGAUCAUCCCAGUCAUGGGCAACAGACUCAUCAGCCUACAGGACAGUAUGGUGUUCUUCCCGUCGCAGCAGGAGGGAGACAAAGAAAUGGACCAACUCACCAAGAUGCAGGGCGACUUAAACAUCCUGGACGAUCGUCUGCUAAACAGCGUUGACCAAGUGGGAAACUCGCAAGUUUGUCGCAUUCUGGAACAAGCCGGUGUGAAACAAAUGACAGUGCAUGAUAUUGUCAUGCAUCAUAUAAUCCCAGUUCUCAAGUCAGAGGAGUGGAAGACCAAGAACACUGCGACCAUUGACACAUAUGUCAUGUUCCUCUUCCACUACACAGAGAAGAAAGACACUACCCUGAACAUCCUCGACUUGAGGGGCGUUAUUCAAGUCUCGACUAACAUGGGCGUAAAGAACCCACAGACUGAUGCCAUACAUUUCCCGCCUGUGUAUGGGAACGAGGUUAACCUGUCGCUCACUCUUCCUGGUUACCCAUGGAUCAUGUUGGCACCACAGUACCUACCGAAAAAUGCGACCAAUCAGGAACGUUGGCAACUACGACAAUUCUUCACAAAAUUGGGCAUCCUUGACUUCCUUUCCACAAAAAAGGUCAAACAUACAUUCACGGCAGCGGAACUUGAAAAAUCAUCUUGGUCAUCGUACAAAGCUGGUUUGGAGGAACACAGGGGGCCGUUUGUGAUCGAAGAUCACGUCUGCCAGGAGUUUUCAACGCUGAUCAAGAACACGUCACAGAAGGAACACUUCACGCAGAUGAAGGAGCUUUGUCACUUGAUGGAGAAACACCACGAACGGUUCACGGCCAAGUUUCUGUUGACCCAGAUUUGCGACAUGGAUGGCAAGACGUUAAAAACGGACGUCAAGACGACGUUUGGUAUGGAAGUGACGGAAGCUGCAUGGUUGCCAGGGAAGGAGAACAACUACUCGAACAUUUUCGGCAGCAUACGCUUUUGUGAGAACUGGAAGCUAUACAAGGGAUGCGAUUUGUACCUGCGUACUCCUGUAAUAGAGAAGUGUCUGGCAAAUCUUGUUGCGUAUUUGGAAGCAAAUAUCCCACCCGACGGAAACAUGGUCGAACUGUUGAAAAUUUGCGCAAAUCUUGAGAUCGACGACAUCAGGAAGUUCCUCUUGGAUUGGUGCUCCCGUUCUAGCGCGACUGAUACGGAGCCCAAGACGUUUGUGACAUCUUUGUCGCAUAUGUGCGGAUUGUAUCACUACCUCCAAGACAACAUGCCACGAAAGAUGCUCGUAGACCUUCUCACUGUACACCCCUGCAUCUUCGUCCCGGAGAAACCCUCGAGUGACCACUCAGAAGUGAUUGUAGGCAAUUUCCUCCAUGCGAAGGAAGUCUGCUGGGUUGACCCGUCCGGUCUGUUCAGCAAAUACCACGCGGGCUUAAUGGCGAAGCAGAACUUCCAAAUUCCGUACACACUAUCACGGCUCUACGUAGGAUUACAAGAACUGUUCACGCAGUCAGCGCAAGUGCAAAUGUGGCCCGAAUUAGACUGUUACAUUCAACUGAUCGAGUACAUCACCCAAGUCAAUUUCACUCCGAUAUCUGUCGCCGAUGAAAUCUUGCAAGUCUUUGAGGUCAUCGGGCAAAUGGUGAUGGGGCUACCAGAUAACGUCAAAGAAGCUAAGGGCAGUAUCCUCCAGAUGAAAUUUCAGAAGAUGCGCGUUAUCCCGACGAAGGAGAAUGCUUGGGUUUCACUGAGUCAGACGCCAAUGAUUCCCGACAGUAAGACACUUGUGAAAAUGUUCAGUAACCAGACGGGUGUUUACAUCGUGGAUAUUGAAGACCUGGAGGAGAGGAAUAAGGCUAAGAAAGCGCAUACUCUCUACAACCUGGAUGACGUCCUUGCCUUCCUGAAGUUGUGCAACGUUCCCACAUUCUCCGAGUGUCUUGAGAAGAGCCUUGUUGUGGAGGAUGUUUACGAUUGUCCCCAAGUCCAGAAAUACAUGCACCACUGCGUGUCACUGCUGCAGACGUUCUUGUACAAUAAACAUGGCGAGCUGUAUGACAGUCUCAUUGCUGACAACAUGGCGGACAAAUUGGCCGAAAUGACUUUCUCUGUGGCCAAGAAACUCGAAGUCGUCCACAAGUUAAAACACCUGCCAUCUGCCGUGGCCUCGAGUAGGCCGCCAUGUCUGAUUGACCAGAGGAAGGGUUUCUACGUCACCGAGGAAGCGGUGAAUUCGACCUCUGAAAUCCUCAAGGUCAUUGCAAACUUCUUCAGUCAAGAUGAUGAAGCCAUCAGCAACAGUAUCAGGCUGUUCUUGGCCGACGUCCUUCCGUCUCUCGACUCUGAGAAGCCAGUGCUAGACCAGGAUUUCUACUCCAUGUUUGGCUUUGAUCAUCUCCCCGAAGAGGAGAAGCAGUGGUUUGUGGAACUGCCAGUGGAGCCUGAACCAGAACCAGAACCAGAGCCUGAACUAGAGGAAGAUAAAUACCCUGAUGAACCCAUGGAUGAGUAUGCUGCCCCUCUCGAGGGUGGUGAUGACUCAGAAUAUCCGUGGACUGUAAACAAUGACGAUGGGGAAUGUGACCGCACCCGUGCCAGAGACAUCCGUGUAGAGUUGAAAGAUUUCGGUGCACCCAAGGGUGGGACACCAGCAGGGCUGCAGUGCUGGCCACCGCUGGGAGUUGAUGGUGAUGAUGAAGUGCCAGCACCACCAGAAGGCUAUGACGAGCAAACUCCGCUACCGUACUCAGAACAGGAAGUAAACAUGGGCAACAGGAACAAACGGAGAAAGAAUUUGAAGGGCGACUGGUACGAUAAAAAACGUGACAGCCACCGUUACAAAUGGCGAGAAUUCGAGCAAAAUUAUGAAAACUUGCCACAGGAUGUUUUUAAAGUCUGGGGAUGCCGUCCUCCGUGGUAUCCUGAUGACAUGUCAUGGCCGCCAGAAAGGCCGCAGUGGUUGGAUCCAAACACCCCCUGGCCACCCCCGAGACCGUAUAAUCUCGAUCCUCAUCUCCCCUGGCCACCACCACACUGGUAUGAUCCGGAGUUUGGUGAGGAGUUCCCCGUAUGGAUGGACCCGAGAUCGAGAUUCCCUCCGCCAAAACGGGAAUGGGUCGACCAGGAUCAGAGUGAAAGGCCAAGGAACUGGAACAUGGAGGAAGCAGCGAAGUACUGGGCAGACGAUAAAAACAAUGGUCAUAAACGUGAUGACAAGUAUGAAGAAGGUGGUGACGGGUUUGCCCAUCCAGGCGGCGGAGCCCGGGAUACACCGUUCGAAGGGGAUGGCUAUGAAGAAGAUAGCGAUGACGAGACGACUUAUUAUGAUAGGGAAGGAAAUCCUAUUUGGAAAGGUCGUAGGGAUAACAAGUCUACGCCGAGAGAUGGGGCCAAGAACUUCCAGGAUGUUUCUGUGAGAGAAGGCGAAACGGCCAAAGUCGACAUCUCAGAAGAUGGGAAAAGGAGGAAAAGCCGAGGUGUACCGCAAAAUAUCCGCAACUUUGAGAGAAUGGGGAAUGUCUCCAUUGCCGACGAGAAUGUUUACGAGUCCCUCACAACUGGUGCCCCCAUGUUGCCCGAUGAGAUCAAACUGGAUACGGCAGGAGAUCAACCAGAUAUUGGGCGAUUUGGAGAAGAGGUUGUUCGAAAGUAUCUCCAGGGGGCAGCCGUUGACUUCCAAAAGGGUUGUACUGUUAUGGAUACGAUUUGGUGCAACGAAAACACAGAGUCAGGAAAUCCGUUUGACUUCAUUGUGAAAUUGGAGGAUGAUAAAAGUCACAAGAUUCAUAGCAUUUAUAUUGAAGUCAAAGCUACGAUGGCAGAUGAGAAAGAGGUUUUUGAGGUCUCUGGGGCCGAGAUUCGCUUCGCGUACGAUCAUGGACAAAAUUAUCAUGUGUAUCGGUUGUUCAAUGUGUGUGAUCCUGAAAAGGUCAGAUUGAAGAGAAUUCAGUAUCUGUCUGAUAAGAUUGAGAAAAAGCAGGUCCGACUUUGUAUGAUUGUGUAAAGUCAUAACAAAACUGAUGUUGCACCCGAGUUAAAAUAUCAGAGAUUUGGCAAGCAACCCAAAACUCCCGUGUUUUUAUUCCAGUCCAAAGUUUUUACAUUUUACAAGCCUGAGGUAUAUUGAAAGAGAAAAAGCUGUCUACUCUGAAGAGCAUGAAUUUUAUGAGUUCACUGCCAUCUUGGAUUGUGAUGGGCCUUUUAUACUCUAAUGGUUGCCCCCAAACAUGUAGAAAUUGUUUCCAAAUAUAUGUGACAUAUUUGUAUGAAGUAA